AUGGCGGUUAUGAAGCCUGGAGUGAUUGCCUUGUUUGAUGUUGAUGGGACUCUCACUGCUCCCAAAAAGGAUGUUACUCCGCAAAUGUUAGGAUUCAUGCGAGAACUCAAGAAGUGGGCAUUGUGGGAGGAUCCAACCUUUCUAACAAAGCAGCUUGGAAAGACAAUUAUGGGUGACUAUGAUUAUGUAUUUUCUGAGAAUGGUCUUGUGGCUCACAAAGAUGUGAAGCUCAUUUGCACCCAGGUUCUUUAUGGUCCAUACUUAUGUUUCACUUCUUCAUUGUCCUCGUCAAUUUUGUUUCUAUUUGUUAGUGCACUUUCCGAGACUGAAAAGCCUUUAGCUAGGUUUAGAUGCUCAUUAAUGAUUAUUGGUCAUGUUGUUCAUGAAGAAGACGAUGACCAAGGCGAGGUUUACAUUGAUGAAGCUGACAUCCUUAACAAAGUUGAUUUCGAUGAGGAAGAUCUUCCUGAUGCAGACGACCAAGCAGUUGGUACAUCAUCGUUUGGCAUACAAUUCCUUAUUUAUGAUCUUUUUCUUUCGCUUGCUGUCGAGUUAAUUUGA